AUUUCAGCAAUAUUUCAGUAACAAAAUCGAUACUAGGCUAUAACACCAUCAAUCUGACCUAAACUAAAAAUAAAGUACCUCUCAAAACCGCGUGCUUCAGUGGCUUCUCGUUCCCAUCCCAUAGAAAGCACCAGCCGCUUCUUUCCCAUCUGAUAUCCACAGCAGACGCACCGCUAUGUCGGGAGAUUCUUGCUCCCAGAGACCCUUGUUUGGAGGAGCAAUUUCUAGUACGUUUCCUCUUAGGUUUCAGGAUGUUAGUAACAUUCGUCAAGUCCCUGAUCACCAGGAGGUAUUUGUGGAUCCUGCUCGUGAUGAGAGUUUGAUUGUUGAGCUAUUAGAUUACAAGCCUGAUAUUGGGGAUAAUGCGAGUGCAGCUUGGUUUCUUCAAGACCUUUCCAAUGAACAAGACGCUGAAGGAUUCACGAUAAUUGAGCAGUCAGGAGUAGCCGAGGCCCCUGAAUUAUGUUACAGAAGCAUCCCAGCUGUUGUUUCAACUGCUGUUGGCCAAAUGGGCAUUUCUAAGGGACGGCAAGGAAGAGAAGCACAAAAUAUUGUAAAGGUUUAUUUGGCAAAUGUACGUCUUAAGGAAGUUGCUACAGAUGUUCUAAUAACUGCAUAUGAGCCCCUCUUCAUAAACCCUUUAAGUGAAAGCACUAGUGCAGUUGGUUCUGGGUCAGCUGUUCCUGCCACACAAUCUGGACUUGUGCCAAUGGCUGAUGUCUUUAAACUCGUGGUUACUAGCUUCAAAGUGAAUGACUGGGGCCUUUUUGGAGCUGCUAUUUGAGAAGAUGGACCAACAAUGGACAGGUAUGGAGGAAAAAAAAGGUUAUACAAGAGUUCUUUUCUCUCCGCAUGAAGCAAUGCUUGAGAAAAUGGAGACUCUUUUUUUUUUUUCUUUCUUUUCUUUUUUUUAUGUUUGAAUUUGAAUCUGAGUUGCUAGUGGAUUAUCAAGAAGCAUGCUUUGUUUGGUCAGUGUCCAGUUGUGUAAAAUAAGACCUGAAUUGAGAA